GCAACGUCAUAAUGAAAAUACGUCACCAACACAAAGAAACUGACUACGCACCAUCAACGUCUUUUUUUUUUAUCAUUAUAUAUAAGGGGAUCUAAGAAUGUUGUUGUUAUUGGUAUUAUCAAUUUUGAUAUAUGAAGGGUAUGCAAGAAGCCCAAUGAGGGCAAGAUAUUUUAAUGAUGGGAUCCCCUCAUUUCCGAAUCCAGAAAAAUGUGAUAUAUAUUUGAAUAAAGCUUUCGAAUGUAAGGAGCGACCUUCAAUGAAAAACUACAUAGACACUCAGGAUGCGAAUGGAGAAAAAGUAGAAAAUACAUUCCCGGAUCUUAUCAAGGCUCGAAAAAUUACUAUAGAAAAAGCAGUUGUAGCAGAUAUGUGCAGUUAUUUUAUGGGCGUUUCUGCUUGUAUGAAGGCUACCAAUUAUCAAUAUAUUGGAAAAUACUGCCCAGCAGCACGAUUUCAGGUUGCAAAGUCAUAUCAAAUCCUUUCCUCGGCGGUUUGUUCCAAAAUAGCGGAAGAUCUUGAAGCGAUGGUUGAAUGUGCCAACCACGACAAUGGCAUUUUAGUUACGUUUGCAAGCUGCAUGUAUGGGGCCUAUCGCUUUAUGAAAGCACAUCCAGGAAGACAUCCUGCCAGUAUGAUUGAUCGGUAUCGGGAUUGUUUCUACCAGUUUGAAAGCUGUCCAAAGCAGAUGAUGACAUGGGAUACAAUUAACGUGUUUAAUGAAUAUCAUAAUGACAUAAGUUUUUUGUUGAGUGGUUUGGGAAUAGAAAUAUGAACUUCAAUAUAAUAAUCAAACCUAAAGGACAAAAAUUGCUUGUUAAAAAAAUCAAUAUAUCAAUUGUAUCCACCAUAUUUUAGUUAUUGGUACAUGUAUUACAAUGAAAUACAAAUGUUUUU